UUUUCCACAAUUCCCUCCUGCUGUAUCUUCCUUCCACAGGCGAGUAUUCUUCGAGAAGUCAAUUCCACGGCCACAACACCAUCGCUCCACAUCUCAUCGCUCUUCCCAUUUCAAUCCCUCAACUGACAUCCAGCAAAGAGACUCCAAGUCCACCCCGCUUGCUCGGCCUUUGGUGUGAGCCAUGUCCAUCGACAAUCCCCCAGCCGCGCACGAUUCCCAGCGCAGGACAGAGGCCUUGGUCGAUACGGAGAAGGAGGUUGUGGGACACAAUGCCCAGGCUCUCAAUACUGGCAUCCCCUACCCAUCGGCUGUAGGCCCUUCCAUCGCUCCUCCUGUUCUUCCCAUCGGCAUCCCUCAAGAACAGCCGUCCGGGCCGACCCAGGCCAAACCUGCUCUCUCAGAAUACAGCGAGAAACCCUUACGGACGUCUACCAACUCGUCCGAUACGCUUCGUCAACCAGCUUUGGAGAAGUCAUCCACAAACGCCUCUGCCCCUACCAAAAAGUCCAAGUUUGCCCUUCUCAAGUCGAAAAAGAAGGACAAGAAGACGGACAAGAAGAAGGACGACGACGAAACCAAUGUUCUUCCUCCCGUCUCGUUUGUCGCCCUCUUCCGGUUCUCUACCUCGUUCGAGCGAGUCGGCAUGGUCUUCGGACUCUUUCUCGCUAUCUGCGCCGGUGCCGCACAACCCCUCAUGACCCUCAUCUUUGGUCGACUCACCACAUCGUUCACGAACUUUGCCGUCAUCGUACAAGGUAUCGAGGAUAACGGUGUUUCGGUCGAUGCUGCUGCGGCUCUCGAAGCUGCCAAGGCCGAUUUGAAGCUGAAUGCCGGGCACGAUGCACUUUAUCUUUUGGCCAUCGGUGUAGGCAUGUUUUUGGCUACUUGGGCGUACAUGUUCAUCUGGAACGUUACUGGAGAGCUCAGCUCUAAACGGUUGCGCGAAAAGUAUCUCGCCGCUGUCCUCCGACAAGAAGUACAUCCUCUUACUCCUCUUUUCUUUCCCCGCUGAUCUUUGCAGAUUGCCUACUUUGACGACCUCGGCGCCGGUGAAGUGGCCACUCGCAUCCAGACAGACUGCCACCUCGUCCAAGAAGGCACUUCUGAAAAGAUCGGUCUCGUCUUUCAAUACCUCGCUCAAUUCGUCACCGGUUUCGUCCUCGCCUUUGUCAAGUCCCCGCGUCUCGCCGGAGCGCUCUUCUCCAUUUUUCCGGUCAUCAUGAUGGUCGGCGGAAUCAUGAUGAAGGGCAUGUCCAAGUAUGGCACUGGGAGUCUGGAGUAUAUCGCAAAGGCAGGCAAUAUCGCGGAAGAGGUCAUUGGGAGUAUCAGGACUGUCCAUGCUUUUGGUAAAGAAAAGGUCUUGGGCGACAAGUUCAACCAUCAGAUUGAAUUGAGCCGGAAGAUGGGCAAGAAAGGGUCCAACUACGAAGGUAUCGGCUUGGGCAUCAUGUUUUUUGCCAUCUACGCGGCUUACGCGCUGGCCUUCUUCUAUGGUGGUGUGCUUGUCACGCAAGGCCGAGCCGACUCUGGAACAGUCAUCACCGUCUUCAUGUCCAUCCUCAUCGGUUCAUUCAGUAUGGCCAUGCUCGCUCCCGAGAUGGCAGCAGUCACCAAAGCUCGCGGUGCUGCCGCUAAACUGUACUCUACCGUCGACCGUGUGCCGCCUAUCGACUCGGCUAGCCCUGACGGCCUGACACCCGACUCUGUCAGGGGAGAGAUUGGUUUUGAGGGGGUCAAAUUCCAUUAUCCGUCUAGGCCGGGCGUGCCCAUCCUCAAAGGUUUUACAACUACGUUUGAGGCUGGAAAGACUUUUGCGCUGGUCGGUGCGUCAGGAAGCGGCAAAAGUACAGUCAUCUCCCUCAUCGAACGAUUCUACGACCCCAUCGCUGGUACCGUCAAGCUCGACGGCAUCGACAUCAAAAGGCUCAACCUCAAAUGGCUCCGCCAACAGAUCGGUCUCGUCUCCCAGGAACCCACCCUGUUUGGCACCACCGUCCGCGGCAACGUCGAACACGGUCUCAUCGGCUCCAAAUGGGAACACGCCUCCCCCGAAGAAAAGUUUGAGCUCGUCAAGAAAGCUUGUAUCGAUGCGAAUGCGCACGACUUUAUCAUGCGGCUUCCGGAGGGGUACGAGACGUCUGUAGGGGAGAGAGGAAUGUUGUUAUCGGGCGGGCAGAAGCAGAGGGUGGCGAUCGCUAGGGCGAUUGUAUCCGACCCGAGGAUCUUGUUGUUGGACGAGGCUACUUCGGCGUUGGAUACGCAGAGUGAGGGGAUUGUGCAGGAUGCCCUAGACAGGGCUUCUCGGGGGAGGACGACCAUUACCAUCGCUCAUCGCUUAUCUACAAUUCGAGAUGCCGAUAGGAUCUAUGUGAUGGGUGCCGGAGAGGUCCUCGAGGAAGGUUCUCACAACGAACUGUUGGCUACCGAAGGCAGUGUUUACGCCCAACUCGUCAACAACCAGAAACUCGCUCAAGAAGCAGCCGUCGAAGCUCUCACCCCUGGAGCAGAGCCCGUACAAGCCGAGAUUGAAGACGUCUUUGAGGACGAGAUCCCUCUCAAGCGGGCUGCGACUGGCAGGUCUUUGGCGAGUAUCGCCAUGGAUGGGGAACAGGCAAGGCGCAAGGCAGAGGCUGAAGAAGAUGACAAGCUGCCUUCGAGCUACAAGCUCUAUGCGAGGUUGCUCAAGAUCAACAAGGCUGAGAAGAGGACUUACUUUUAUGGCUUUUUGGGUGCUGUAUGCUCGGGGAUGGUUUAUCCUUCGUUGGCUAUCCUGUUCGGUAGAACUUUGGCCGAUUUCGAGAUUACAAACUUUGGAGAGCUGCGACAUGCUCUUGAUCGGAAAGCUUUGUAUUUCUUCAUCUCCGCCAUCUGUUCCGCACUGGUCAUGUUCCUGCAAGCUUCCGGAUUCUCGCGUACUGGAUGGGAUUUGAACGCGACCUUGAGGCAGAAGCUGUUCCAUGCCGUUCUGAGACAUGAUAUCAGAUGGUUCGAUGAAGAGGAGAACUCUACUGGCGCUGUGACGUCCAACCUUGCCGACCAACCUCAAAAGGUCCAGGGUCUCUUUGGUCCCACACUUGGUACGAUAGUGCAAUCUUGUACGACCUUGAUUGGCGGUUGCAUCAUCGGACUCUGCUACGGCCCUCUCCUCGCUCUGAUUGGUAUCGCCUGUGUCCCGCUGCUCGUAUCUGGCGGUUGGCUUCGACUCAAGGUUGUCGUUCUCAAGGAUCAACGCAUGAAGAAGCUACACGCUGCCAGUGCUCAUCUCGCUAGCGAGGCUGCCGGCGCAGUAAGGACUGUGGCGAGCCUUACGAGGGAAGAUGAUGUGGGGAGGAUUUACUCGAAUGCUUUGGUGGAGCCCAUGAAGGUCAACUUCAAGACGUCCAUCUACAGUCAAGCGUUCUAUGCGGCAAGUCAAGGUAUGACCUUCUUGAUUAUCGCUUUGGUCUUUUACAUCGGCGCCCUCUGGAUCAUCUCCGGGAGAUACAACACUUCCACAUUCUACACUGUCCUGAACUCUAUCGUCUUUGCGGCCAUACAAGCCGGCAACGUCUUUUCCUUUGUCCCCGACGCCUCCAAAGCCAACUCGUCUGCUGCCUCCAUCUUCCGCACCAUCGAUGACCGACCUUCUAUCGAUUCUGACUCGACCAAUGGCCAGUCACUCGGAGAGGGAGAGGUGGACGGUCAUGUCAGGAUUGAAGGUGUGCACUUCAGGUACCCGACAAGGCCCGGAGUGAGAGUGUUGAGGGAUCUGAGUAUCGAUGUGCCCGCUGGGAGCUACAUUGCGCUUGUUGGGCCAUCUGGCUGCGGUAAAUCUACUACCAUUCAGAUGUUGGAACGCUUCUACGACCCCCUGGUCGGACGAGUCACUUUGGACGGAGUAGAUAUCAAGGACAUCAACGUUUCCAGUUACCGAAGUCAUAUCGCACUCGUUUCGCAAGAGCCGACCUUGUACGCUGGUACUGUUCGUUUCAACAUUCUGCUAGGUGCCAACAAGCCUAUGGAACAAGUCACUCAAGAAGAGAUCGACGCUGCCUGCCGAGAUGCCAACAUCUAUGACUUUAUCAUGUCGCUCCCUGACGGUUUCGACACUGAAGUCGGCGGCAAGGGCUCUCAACUUUCCGGUGGACAAAAGCAACGUAUUGCUAUCGCCCGUGCCCUCAUACGCAACCCCAAAGUGCUCCUCCUCGACGAAGCCACCUCUGCCCUGGAUAGUCAGUCAGAGAAAGUGGUACAGGAAGCGCUGGACAAAGCUGCAAAGGGAAGGACGACGAUUGCCAUUGCGCAUAGACUGUCGAGUAUUCAGCAUUCAGAUCAGAUCUACUACUUUUCGGAGGGGAAGGUGGAGGAGCGGGGGACACAUCAGGAGCUCUUGGCUCUCAGAGGUGGAUACUACGAGUUGGUGCAGAUGCAGAAUCUGAGUAGGCAAUAGAGUAGUACAAGAUCUUUUGUUUGUUGGUGUUCUCCGAGUUCUAUCUUCUCUUCUCAUCUUCCCUUCUCAUCUUGUUUUAUUGGGACCCCGCUUGUGUAUGAGCGACAUGGAUAAUUAAUCAUGUACGGUAUAUAUAUAUAAAUUUACAUUGCGCACAAGCCCCCGGCCGAAGAAGCGAUUCCAUAAAGAAGGUCAGAGUGCAACGGUAAACAAACAGCCAAGAGACACCGAGUCUUGACACCUCGACAAGUCAACACGCUAGCUACAGUGCGGGAUCGGAAAUGAAUAUGGGCAUUGUCGCGUCGGUCGUCAGGUUGGCUGGGCCCUGGGCGGCCCGGGCAGCCCUGCUUGCUGCUCGCUGUGGGCUGUGGGCAAUCUGCGUCCGCCAGUACGCAGACAUGUUUGCAGCUCGUUUAUCGAGCUCUCUCCCGUGUUAUGAGGUGUAAAAGUAUUAGAGCGUUGGUGAGCCGGAGACCCGUAGUGCCGGGAAGGUGAUUUGGAGCAAUUAGCAAGAAAAAAGUGACGUGUGAAACGGGCCACGACGCGUUUCUUCAGGAACGCUAGCCCGUGAGGCGCCAAAUGGCUGGCUUCGAGAGCUUUGAGAAGGCAAAAGAGCAGC